UUUGAAUGUGAAGAGAUGACAGCGCUGUAAAAUGGAGCCCGUGCUGAGAUUAUAAUUAACAUUUCCAACCUACAUCACUCUCCCUCCCACUUUCUCCUUUACCUCCCCCCAUUCACUCACCCCUGUACAAUAAACGGGGAAAUGCACGAAAGAAAGGGAGAAGAAAAGAAAGGGAGAUGGAGGAGGAGGAGGAGAGAGAAGAGGGUGAGGGAGGGAGGAGGGAGGGGGAAACAGCGUAUGCUUGUAUACAACCCUGAUUUCCAUUUUUUUUCCAACUCGUAAUGUAUUUAAUUCAAGUGAAACGUAAUCAUGACGUGUCGUGUCAUUAAUCUCCUCGCCGCCUCUCCCAAGGUUAAAGGAAGAAGCUGUCACAAAAGCAAAGACACUAAAGAAUGGCAUAGCCUCACACACACUGCUGAGAAUGGAUUCUCCACCAGAAUGCGUGUUGUCUCUUUCAUGUGAGCAGCUGCAGUCUUCACCGACGUUGCCAUCCCUGGACUACAGCCCUCAGGCCUCCUCUCCACAUACCCGGCUGUCCCUACCUGACAGUCCAGUUGUCCUGCCCAUUCAUAGUCCUGAACCUUCACCAAACAGUCCAGAUUCCACACCUUACUUUGACCUUUCUCCCUUCCCCCUGCACCACGAUAGCAGCAACAAUCAACGUGAUGAAGAAGAUGAUGAUGAAGAUGACGAUGAUGAUGGUGAUGGGCUGGAUGGAGUCCCCCCUUCCCCAACUCCAGCUGUAGCUCUGUUCCCAGGAGGAGGGGGACAAGAUGCUGGAUGUUUGGACAGCUAUCCUCCCGCCACACCGUCAGCGCCGCUCCUCGGGUUUGGAGCCCUGGAGCUAGCUCUGUCAUCAGGGCAGAGUGGAAACUGCAAUGAUGAGCUGGACCUCCAAUUAUUCCAGAAGGAUACAGUUACCAGGGCAGUACCUGGAGUGGGAGGGACCUCUUCAGGGCCUGCACUCAGGUUUCCCUGUCAUGUGUGUGGGAAAAGAUUUCGGUUCCAAAGUAUUUUGUCUCUUCAUGCACGAGCGCACACUCUGGACCGUGACCGCCGAGCUUCUGCUCUGUACCGAACUGGACCUGCCUCAGCGUCUUUAAAGCAGCCUCUCAAGGUCCAACAGAACCACAAGGACAUAAUCCAGAACCACAGGAGUCACAUGAACCAGUGUUUACUAACAGGGCCUCUAAUCCAGCAUCUCACAGAAGGAGAAGUAGCAGAUGAUGAGGUGAAAGCUCUAGGUGAUGGUGUAAAAACAGCCCAGAAUCCAAGUUUUCUGCUGGAUGAAAGCACUCCAUUAACACCUCCACUCACUGAGGAUCCUGUGCCUAUAACCUCUCCUUUAUUUUCUAAUCCUUCUACAAUUGUGGAGGCUGCCUCCACACCUAUAGCAUCUACAUUUCGCUGCCAUGCAUGCAAAGGAAAAUUCCGCACAGCGUCAGAGUUGGCACGCCACGUCCGCAUUCUCCAUAAUCCAUAUAAGUGCAUUCUUUGCCCAUUCUCUGCCAGCCAAGAGGAAAGCCUCGCAUCUCACCUACAGGAAUGCCACCCUUCCCCUGAGGUUCCAACCUUGACACCUGUCCUCAGUUCUAGGUCCGUUAUUGCAACCCCUGACACUCCUGUUCCAACCCCGACCCACACGCCAGCCUCAACACCCAGUACUCCACAGUCAGCAGUAACAAAAACAGCGUCUUCCCCACUGCCAGCAUUUCGCUGUGAUACCUGUGGACAGAGAUUCACGCAGUCUUGGUUCCUCAAGGGCCACAUGCGAAAGCACAAGGACUCCUUGGACCACAAGUGUCAGGUUUGUGGCCGUGGUUUUAAGGAGCCUUGGUUUCUCAAGAACCACAUGAAAGUGCAUCUCAACAAGCUUGGGUUGAAGGCAGGAUUGGGCAGUCUUGGAGGACCAGCAUGUGCUGAGCAGCUGGCCAAAGGGUCUUCAGGCAGUCAGUCUCUCAACACCCUCUAUUCCAGCCUUCUUCUGGCUCAGCGUGGAGGAGGAGGUGGGAGAGGUAGACAAGGAAAAGCAGAGAGAGGGAUGAGUGCUAGUAAAUCAGCAAUACUGGGUUACCUGGGGUUGCCUAGUGAUGGCGGUAGUGCCAGCUGCAUGGAGAGACUUCAAGCAGUGGCUCAGGUGGCAGAAAUGGGAAAUGGUAGUGGUAGUAUUGGAAGUCCCUCAGGAACAGACUCAGUAAGAGGCACAAGAGCUGGCACAGGUGAAAAUACAGCACUGGUGUCUGAUGGAGGGGACCAGACUACCUGGUGGCAGCUAGUUGCUCGCAGCUUGACAGUAGCUCAGCAGCAGCAGCAUAGACCCCAGCAGCAAAGUCAGCAAGGCCAACGAGGCAUAAGUCGGAGCUCUGUCAUCACAGAGACUGAUCAAGUCAGAUCUUACCUGGGCGGCAUUGCUCCAAGAGAAGAGGCUGCAGGUGCUGGAAGUGCAAGUGGGCCUUGGGAAUGCCCGGACUGUGGAAAGUUGUUCAGAAGCCUACAACAAGUAGUGGUUCAUGCUCGUGUUCACACUCAGAGGCCCCACAAAGGAGGGAGUGCUGAAGAGGAAGGGAGCGGUGGUCAUAGAGGUGCAGACGUAAGCAGAAGCAGCACUGGAAAAGUGAGACAGGAAUCUCAACUACACGGUGGUGGAUCACAAGUGGGAGAUGUCAGGCAGGAAUCUAAAAUCCACAACAGUGGAGAAGGAGAAGCUACAGGGUUUCACUCCAGCAUGUCAGGCUUCAAAGGACAGAAUGGCUUGACAGCAGUCUCCUCCGUACCUUCAGUUGCCAGCAGGGAGCGAGUGCGUGGUCAUGGGAUAAAAGACUGCCCCUACUGUGGAAAAGCCUUCCGUUCUUCACACCACCUUAAAGUACACCUGAGAGUUCACACAGGUGAGAGACCCUAUAAAUGUCCGCACUGUGACUAUGCGGGUACUCAGUCUGGCUCACUGAAGUACCACCUCCAGCGGCACCACAGAGAACAGCGCAACUCUCUGUCAGCUUCCUCCAAUACCUCCUCCACCAAUAUCACCUCAACCUCUGAACUGGCCAUGCACCGUCGAGCCCAACUCAAUCACUGCCUGGGCAAUAGAGGUCCAGCAGACACCCCCAACUCUGCAGCAGGCCAGCAGCCGUGGCUUAUGGGUCUUCCUGACCAGAGGGAGCAUCGAAAAGCCUUGGCAUCUCUGAGGGAUGUUGACUUGGAGACUCAGUACAGGUAUCUUUCGGGGGUGAUGGGGGCCCUUUACCAAGGUGGGAUGGAAGGAGCCUGGAUCAGGGAGUCGCCCCCGCCUAAAGCGCCUAAAGUGUCUCGUCGUAAACCUCUCACCACUAGCCGAAUGGUUCAGCAGUCAAAUGAAAGCAACAAAGAAGGAUCUGUAUCUUUAAAUCAAGAUGGUGGAUUUGAACCUCUAGAUUUAUCCCGUCGUCCAUCACCUGGAUUUGGAGGGAUGGAGGAGGAUGGAGUCACAAGUGGAGGUGAAGCAGUCAGUGUUGAUGGUGGUGAAGGCAGAGGGGAUGGUGCAACUGGGGUCAAAUUGAGUCAGUGUUUGUUUUGCCCAUUCCGCACUUCUUCAGGAGAGCUAAUGGCCAUGCAUCUCCAGGUCAACCAUACCAGUAAGUCCAGGCGCAAAAGGGGUUCUUCUACCAUCUUGGAAGAUGGCGAAACCAUAAAAAUCACCAAACCCCGCAUCAACCACUCCAAUUUUGACUCCAUGGCAUUAUGGAAGCACAUUAGUGAGGCCAAGUCACAUACUUCACAGGAGGAAUGGUCUUUAGCCCAGGCUCAGAUCCACAAUGGAUUCUCUGUUGAUGCAGCAGAACAGCUGGGUGGGAUUCUUGAUCACUCACACUCUAACCUCAUCUCAGUAUCCAGUCUAACUGACAGUCCAGUGUUCAAGGGAAACAUGGUGAUGGAUGAUGAAAACCAAGAGCAAGAGGCAGAGGAGAAUUUGGUGGCACCAGAGGACAACAGUAGUCUGGGGGAUUCACCAGGGGUGGAGCAGGAUCUGAGAAUGUCUCUUGCUCUUUUACCAGUCCUAAACUCCAACCACAUGGUAACAGAGGAGGAACCAGUCUUAACUAACUAAAAACAUUCCGAAGAAAGUUUGUGAUUCAGCUACAAAAGUAACAAAAUGGAGAGGAGUGAGACAGUGGGUUUCAAAGUUAGAUGGCAGUUUCUAGUUUUUCAAAUUCAUGAAAUGGACAGCAAAAUAAUAAUAAUAAUAAUAAUACAACCUCAAAUCAGAAAAGGUUGGGAUGAUAUGGAAAAUGCAAAUUUAAGAUCUAUAAUUUUUUUUAAUCUAUGUUUCAGGUGCAUGGGAGUUAAGUAUGGUCGUUUAAUGGGGUGGUCUUUAAUCAAAAGUAUUUUGGUGGUAUUUUUGUGACAUAUGUCACAAAUAUAUUAAACAAGCUGUGUUAAUCCCAAAUGACGUUUAUAGCAGGAUAAUUUCUGUGAAAACACUCAGAAUUGUUGGAUUUUGGAAAUAUUUAAAUGUUAAAUUUCAAACAUGAAUAUGUAAAAGGCAGAUU